CGCCCCACCAUGGAGGUCUUUGGGAAGCCGCUGUACGUUCAGCCAAAAAGCACCUCUAUCGUACGGUCGGCCGGCAAGUCCUCCGCUUCAAUCAACUAAGCACCCUGCUCGUCAAGAUUGAAGCCUGUUUGAACUCAAGACCACUAGUUCCACUUCACGACGAUCCGAGCGGAAGCCUCGCACUCACACCCGGCGAUUUUCUGAUUGGCCGACCUCUGAACUCCAGACCAGAGCCACCCAUCGCCAACAAUCCAGACAACCGUCUUCUGUACUCACAACAAUUGCAGAAAAUGUUUGAACACUUCUGGAAUCGUUGGCAACGAGAGUACUUAUCCACUCUACAAGCACGGCGCAAGUGGGAAAGACGCAGAGAGAAUCUACAGCUGGGCGAUGUCGUACUGAUUCGCAAUGAGAACCUUCCCCCAUCGCAUUGGCGUAUAGGCCGCAUUGUGGAAGUUCACCCUGGCACUGACGGUUUGGUUCGUAUCGUCACGAUUGAGUACAAUAGCGAAAAAAGGACACCGGAGGGACUAUUCAUUAAACACAGGUGCCAACGCCCGGUGCAGGAGGUUUGUCGUCUUAGCGACCCACAAAUUCUGAACCAGGACGGUUCAGCCGGGGAGGAAUGUUAA